AUGACGGGCACGGCGCCCGGUUGCCACGGCGACAGCGACGUCGCGCCGGAAGUGACGCUCAGGGGACGGGCCGGAAGUGCCGGAGGCGGUGGCGCGAUGGCGGAGCCGGAGCCGGAGGCGGCGGGGAGCGGCGGUGGGGACAGUCCCGAGGCCGGCAGCGGUUCCGGUACCGGUACCGGUACCGGCGGCAGUACCGGCGGGUGGCGGCGGCCCCAUGGGCCCCUCCAGCGGUACUAUGGCCCCUCCGCGGCAGAGGCGGCCGAGGCGGACCCGGAGCCGGACCCCACCGACAUCAACGGGCCCCACUUCGACCCCGAGGCUUUCCUCACUAAGAUCCGCAGCGAGUGUCCCCUGGCGCAGCUGCUGGCGCGCGAGGCCGAGCUGGGCCGGGAGAUCCGCGCCCUGGACAGCGACAUGCAGACCCUGCUCUAUGAGAACUACAACAAGUUCAUCUCUGCCACCGACACCAUCCGCAAGAUGAAGGUGGAUUUCCGGCACAUGGAGGCCGAGAUGGACGACCUGGCCGCCAACAUGGCCGCCAUCAGCACCUCCAGCGCCCGCGUCAGCGCCGCGCUGCAGGACCGGCACCGCCGCGGCGCUCAGCUGGCCGGUACGGGGGGGGGGGGGGGGCAGGACUGGGCUUGUGGGGGCAGAUCUUGGAGGGGACCCAGGGGGGCAAAUCUUACAG